UAACUCAGAAGCAUGCAUGCUCGCCUCACAUGUGUAUUUUAAGUGAUGUUAUUGCUUUUGCUUUCAAUGCAUAUGGGCCUAUUUCGGCUAGUGUUCCUCAGUUUGAAAUGUUUGCUUGCACAAAGCAAGCCAGAUAAUAUUAUCAGUGCGAUAAGCCGUUCACGCAAGCGUAUGCAAGGAUCACACCAGAUAUGACCCGUACUUCCAGCAUCAAGAAUGGAACCAAAGACACAGGCAGCAACGCCAGAAUCUACAACAGAAGAGAGACACUGUUUAGUACCGCCAUUAAAUUCUUCAAUGGUACCGCCAUCAGCGUCGCAACGGCCAGAAUUAUCUAAUCCUAAACCAUGGUACCGCCAAUAUCCUCCGCCCUUCGGAAUUUUAUUAACAAGUGUCUUACAACUGAUAAUGUAUGGAGUUGCUACGGACAAAAUUGAACGAAUACUUCGAUUUGAACCAAACAAUCACACUGAAGCAUGGAGAUAUGUAACUUACAUGUUCAUACAUCGUAAUCUCUUUCACGUUCUAAUAAAUGUUGUUAUUCAAUGUUUAUUUGCGUUCACAUUGGAGAAAUAUCAAAACAGACUGCUUGUACUUACACUAUACUUCGGAAGUGGUGCCAUAGGCGCGUUAAGUUCUUCCUGCGUACGGCCUGAUCUUGUGGUGGGGGCAUCGGCAGGCGUUUACGGUUUAUUAAUUUCCAAUUUAUCCCAUAUUGCACUGAACUACAACUCGACCAAAUACAAACUAUGGGCUGUGUUAACUGUGAUAAUAAUUGUUGCAUCCGACGCGACGUUUUACUUAAUCUACGCUAGAAACCAAGAGAAUGUGAUCAUAUCUGAAGGUGCACAUAUCGGUGGUGGGAUUGCCGGUCUCAUUCUGGGGUUGCUUUUGUAUAGGAGCAAAGACGAAGAAUCAAAGAAGAGGAACAGGUUUAUCUUUUGGUCAAUUUUUGCCAUAUUUGCGAUACUCAUGUCGUUGCUUGUUGCAAUCAACUUUAUGAUUAAGAAGUGUACGCCAGCUCAUCGGCUUAGAGUGAGUUAUACUUACGUAUGUUAAGUUAAGACCAUUCCCACGAUCCUCAUUGGCAUUCAAAAAGUACCAGAAGUGUGUUGAUCUUUUCGCAACUUUUUGGAGAAGUGACGCGGGGAGACGCGGACGCCAUGCCAAUCUCAAAUAAACCAUUUGUGUCUACUGUGAUUUUAAUUGAAAUCUCAGGAUUCGUUACCGUCCUUUUUAUGAAUUAGUAUUUCAUUAUUAAAUUAAAUCUGUGAAGAUACCCUAUAUAGUGGUAUGGAUGCAAAACCGAUGUGCUAAUGGAAUAAUGAAUCCUCUGAAUUUUUAGAUUUUCGUACAACUCUAACGUAAUUGUGAUUAUUAGAAAUAAGUUGUUUUUAUCGAUGUGAGAUUUUUUAUAAUAAAUUUACAUUCCCGGCA